AGUUCAUCAAAAUUCUGUCUUUGUUGGGCAUGUUUAUAGAUGUUGCAUAAAUCUGAGAUGUAACCAAUAUACCUACCUAAACUGUAGCCUGUAGGUGAAGGGUGACCAUCAUGACAUAACUUAUUAUUCAUGUGUAAAAUUUUAUUGUUGCUGAACUUAAUAAGAAAACCUAAGAAUUAUAUUUUUCCGCAAACAUUAAUUAGCUUUGUGUUUUCUGAAAAAAGAAUCACCUAAUCAGAUAUCUAUAAUACAUUAGGUCCCCCCCCCCCUCUUUUUCUUUCUCUAUGAUCUAUUUAUUGGAAAUAAGGAUUUCUUGUUGAGAGGGCAUUUUGCCUGCAGUGUAGUUUUAGGACAUUUGAAAAAGUUGAUUGCUCCUGAAGUACUAGUUUUAGAUGCAUGUCACAUAAAUAUGCUUUUGCGCACUGACAUAGGCAUAGAAUGUUUGAACUGUGAUGGCCACAUAAUGGCAUCAAGCUGGGGUGUAUUCACUUGAUCCUUUCUGCCUUUCUGGUAGAUGUGUGAAGGCUGCCCUUUCAGCCAUUUCUUUUGGUCACUCACUGUUACUAUUUACUUCUGUAACUGGUCCUUGAGUUUUGCUUUUGCUUGUAAUUAUAUUGUUUCUGCUGUCUCUUAAAUAUAAUUAUGUUGCUUUUAGGAUUACUAUUGCUCUCUUUAUUUCAGCUUUUAAGCAGGGUGGAGUUAGAGCUGCUGGCGCGACUUUGGUUAUAUGCUAAGGAAUUUGUUAUGGGCCACAUCAAAGCAUGAUGUAUACCUGAUGCAGAACUUCUCAGUGAUGCAUUGGAACUCUUUGCACAGGAGAGGCAGCGAAGUACUCAAUGUGGCCAAACCAAUUGUACCUACCGAGAAACAACCUGGGUUGUUGGCACGACCACUCUCUAGAGUGCAGAUAAGCACUAUGGCUGUCAAGGACAAUUUGUUGGUUGCUGGGGGCUUCCAAGGUGAACUAAUCUGCAAGCACAUGAAACAACCUGGAGUUGCUUUCUGCUCAAAACUAACAACAGAUGAGAAUGCCAUCACUAAUGCAGUGGAUAUUUUCCAAAACCCAACUGGCUCAAUGAGGGUAAUGACUGCAAAUAAUGAUGCUCAAGUUAGAGUUUUUGACAUUGAAAAGUUCGCUUGCCUCAACCGCUUCUCCUUUGAGUGGUCUGUAAAUAACACCUCUGUUAGUCCCGAUGGUAAGCUGCUUGCAGUACUUGGUGAUAGUGCUGACUGUUUGAUAGCUGAUGCUCAGUCUGGAAAAGCUGUCGGGGGCUUGAAAGGGCACUUAGACUAUUGCUUUUCUUCAGCUUGGCACCCGGAUGGACGAAUCUUGGCUACUGGGAACCAAGACACUACCUGUAGGCUAUGGGACAUAAGGAACCUGUCAGAGUCCCUAGCCGUGUUGAAGGGAAGAAUGGGAGCAAUAAGAGCUAUAAAAUUCACCUCUGAUGGUCGUUUUAUGGCCAUGGCUGAGCCAGCAGACUUUGUUCACAUCAUUGAUACCCAGUCUGGAUAUGCAAAGGGACAAGAGAUUGAUCUGUUUGGUGAGAUUGCCGGAAUAUCCUUCAGCCCCGACUCUGAAGCUUUGUUUGUUGGAGUUGCUGAUCGCACAUAUGGUAGUGUAUUGGAGUUCAAUAAGAGGCACUAUAAUCCCUAUCAAGAAAUAGUCUUCUAGUUCAAGACCCUCGGUCAUGGGAAGAUGAAGGUGUAUAUUUGGCUAAGGUUUCUUUAUCAACUGUAUUUACAACUAUAUUUAGCUGAGGACGGAGAGGUUCAUCCUCUCUGGUAUAUUUGGGAUUUACUCUGCCUUAUUAUAUUCAGCGAGAUUGAUCCACCAAGUAUCCAAAAAAAGAAAAAAUUGUAUCCAGUUUUGUUUCAUCUUGGCUUCUCAGUCCAACAAAUUCGCAGGUUUUGAGUUUUGUUUCUCCAUUUCUGUAAAAUGUAUUUGUUUCAUCAAGCAGAAAUGGAAUAAAUAACUCUUGGAUUGUAAAGCUCUUCCCGUUGGUGUGUAUAUUUGUAAACAGUUCAAGGUUUCCUAGUGCAUUUUACUUAUUUUACUGUUUG